CGCGGCCUCGUUUCCGGCCGACUAAUCAGGACUAAUCUGCGGGUUGGCGGUUGUUCGGGAGCCGUGAGAGCGCGAGUAGUGAGAGCGGCGCCUGGAGCCCGGGGUGCGGCGGCAGCGAGGGAGCGGCGGCGGGUGUGAGGGAGCGCGAGGCAGCGAGGAGGCGGGAGCGCCGAGCGGAGCCCAGCCGAGCGGCUGCUGAUUCCAAGAUGGCGUCGUGAGGUCCCGCCGCCAUUUGCAGCAGCGCUGGGACCCCGGGGCUCGGAGUCGGCAGUCGGUGGGCCCGGAGCGGAGCCGCUUGUCGCAGCGCCAUGUUGAGUCUGCACCGAGGAGGAGGAGGAGGAAUCGGACGGCAGAGCGCGGCGGAGCAGUGAGCGGGAGGAGCCGAGCACAGCAGCCACAGCCCCCAGUGAGAGCCACACACCGCGAGCGAGAGAGAGAGAGAGCGAGAAAGCGAGGAGGCCGCAGCCGCCACUCACACCAGGCCAGGCCAGGCCGAGCCCGAGCCGAGAGCAGGCCGUGCCGGGCCGUGCCGUGCCGCGGGCGCACACACUGACCGACUGACUGUGACGGGGAGACGAACGGUUUUCUUUUUCCAGUAUAAGAAAGGGGAAUAAUGACCAUUUCCCGCUUUCCUCAGCUGACCGCCCCGACCAGCAAUGAAUCUUGACUCGUUAUCGCUGGCCUUGUCUCAAAUCAGCUACCUUGUGGAUAACCUGACCAAGAAGAACUACAAGUCCAGCCAGCAGGAGAUCGCUCAUAUCGUGAACCGACACGGGCCCGAGGCAGACAGACAUUUGUUACGCUGUCUAUUCUCGCAUGUGGAUUUCAGUGGCGAUGGUAAAAGUAGCGGCAAGGAUUUCCAUCAGACUCAGUUUCUGAUUCAGGAGUGUGCGUCACUGAUCACCAAGCCGAACUUUAUCUCGACGCUGUGCUACGCCAUUGACAAUCCAUUGCACUAUCAGAAGAGUCUGAAACCUUCACCCCAUCUGUUUACGCAGCUUAGUAAAGUUCUCAAGUUAAGUAAGGUCCAGGAGGUUAUCUUUGGCCUUGCCUUGCUGAAUUCUUCUAGCUCGGAUCUGCGAGGAUUUGCUCUCCAGUUUGUGAAACAGAAGCUUCCAGAUCUCCUGCGAUCUUACAUCGACGCGGACGUAGGUGGGAACCAAGAAGGUGGCUUUCAAGAUAUUGCAAUAGAGGUCCUGCACCUGCUCCUCUCCCAUCUCCUUUUCGGGCAGAAAGGAGCAUUUGGUGUUGGACAGGAACAGAUUGACGCUUUCCUUAAAACAUUGCGCAGAGAUUUCCCGCAGGAGCGCUGCCCUGUGGUGCUUGCACCACUGCUAUAUCCUGAAAAACGGGACAUUCUGAUGGACAGGAUCCUGUCUGAUUCGGGAGGGAUAGCGAAAACCAUGAUGGACAGCUCACUAGCAGAUUUCAUGCAAGAAGUAGGCUACGGGUUUUGUACCAGUGCUGAAGAAUGUCGCAACAUCAUCCUGCAGUUCGGGGUUCGGGAGAUGACAGCCUCUCAGGUUGCCAGGGUAUUGGGAAUGAUGGCUCGCACACAUUCAGGUCUCACGGACGGAAUUCCUUUGCAAUCCAUCUCUAGCCCUGGAAGUGGAAUCUGGAGUGACGGGAAGGACAAAAGUGACUCGGCACAGGCCCACACCUGGAAUGUAGAAAUAUUUAUUGAUGUUGUGAAAGAAUUGAAUCCAAAUCUGAAUUUCAAAGAGGUGACCUAUGAGCUGGAUCACCCAGGAUUCAUUCUUCGGGACAGCAAAGGGCUCCAGAUUGUGGUGUAUGGCAUCCAAAAGGGCAUGGGAAUCGAGGUCUUCCCUGUGGAUCUGAUUUACAGGUCGUGGAAACAUGCAGAAGGACAGCUCUCCUUUAUUCAGCAUUCGCUUAUGAACCCGGAUGUGUUCUGUUUUGCUGACUACCCCUGUCACACAGUGGUCACAGACAUCCUGAAAGCCCCUCCAGAGGAUGACAACCGGGAAAUUGCCACAUGGAAAAGUCUGGACCUUAUAGAAACCUUACUACGACUUUCAGAGCUGGGACAGUAUGAGCAGGUCAAACAGCUCUUCAGCUUUCCCAUCAAACACUGUCCGGACAUGCUGGUACUGGCCUUACUGCAGAUCAACCCAACCUGGCACACACUGCGCCAUGAGCUAAUUUCCACCUUGAUGCCAAUUUUCUUGGGCAAUCAUCCCAACUCUGCCAUCAUCUUGCACUACGCAUGGCACGGACAGGGCCAAUCUCCCUCAAUCCGACAGCUGAUCAUGCACGCAAUGGCAGAGUGGUAUAUGCGUGGUGAGCAGUAUGACCAGGCCAAGCUUUCACGCAUUCUAGAUGUAGCUCAAGACUUGAAGGCCUUGUCCAUGCUGCUAAAUGGUACUCCGUUUGCCUUUGUUAUUGACCUUGCUGCACUUGCGUCUCGCCGAGAAUACCUCAAACUUGAUAAAUGGCUGACUGAUAAAAUCCGAGAGCAUGGGGUAAGAGAGCGAUGUCACACUUUACAAAAAGAGCCAUUCAUCCAGGCAUGUGUGACCUUCCUGAAGAGGCGCUGUCCCUCCAUCAUGGGCGGACUGGCCCCUGAAAAGGAACAGCCCAAAAGUGCACAACUCCCUCCAGAAACACUGGCUACCAUGUUGAUGUGCCUACAGGCUUGUGCAGGGAGCGUCUCCCAGGAGCUCUCUGAGACCAUCCUCACAAUGGUGGCCAACUGUGGCAACGUGGUGAACAAAGCUCGGCAGCCACCUCCUGGUGUGAUGCCUAAGGUCCGAGUCCCGAGUACCAGCAGCAUAGAGACCAUGUCACCUGUACAGAUUGACCCUUUGUCUGGUAUCGCCUCGUUAACAAUUGGAGGAUCAGCUGCAUCUCACACGGGGAGCAUGUCGGCCUUCUCUACAAAUAUGAAUUCUGCAUUCAACACCCCUCAAUCACCAGCGAAAGCCUUUCCUCCACUCUCAACAAACAACCAGACAACGCCCUUCAGUGGAAUCGGAGGUCUUCCUUCCCAACUGCCAGGUGGUUUGGGGACAGGGAGCCUGACUGGCAUGGGAACAGGUGGCCUCGGACUGCAAACUGUGAACACUGACCCCUUUGGACAACGGAAGAUGAGCACAUCUGGAUUGAACCCACAGACAUUCCAGCAGAGUAAGAUGAAACCUUCUGACCUCUCUCAGGUAUGGCCAGAGGCAAAUCAGCACUUUAGCAAGGAGAUCGACGAUGAGGCAAACAGCUACUUCCAGCGCAUCUACAAUCACCCGCCACACCCGACAAUGUCUGUGGAUGAGGUUCUGGAAAUGCUACAGAGGUUCAAGGAUUCCAGCAUCAAGCGUGAACGGGAAGUGUUUAACUGUAUGCUGCGGAACCUGUUUGAGGAGUAUCGCUUCUUCCCCCAGUACCCAGACAAAGAGCUGCAUAUCACAGCCUGCCUCUUCGGUGGCAUCAUUGAGAAGGGGCUGGUCACUUACAUGGCCCUGGGGCUUGCACUACGCUAUGUUCUUGAAGCUUUACGCAAACCCUUUGACUCCAAGAUGUACUACUUUGGCAUUGCUGCACUAGACAGAUUUAAAAAUAGAUUGAAGGACUAUCCUCAGUAUUGUCAGCACUUGGCUUCUAUUGGCCACUUUUUGCAGUUCCCACAUCAUUUGCAGGAGUAUAUUGAGUAUGGCCAGCAGUCCCGAGACCCUCCUGUGAAGAUGCAGGGUAGUAUUACAACCCCUGGCAGCAUUGCCUUGGCCCAGGCUCAAGCCCAGGCUCAAGCCCAGAAUAAGACUCCUCUGGCCAGGCAGGUCAGCACCAUUGUCCCCACAUCCACUACCAGCACCGUGACCAAAACCACUACAGUCACCCGGCCCACCGGAGUCAGCUUUAAGAAGGACGUUCCACCCUCCAUUAAUACAACUAACAUCGAGACGUUGUUAGUGGCCACAGACCAGGCAGAGAGAAUAGUGGAACCGCCUGAGAACAUUCAGGAGAAAGUGGCUUUCAUCUUCAACAACCUCUCACAAUCCAAUAUGACACAGAAGGUGGAGGAGCUGAAGGAGACUGUGAAGGAUGAAUUUAUGCCUUGGGUAUCCCAAUAUUUGGUCAUGAAGAGGGUUAGCAUUGAGCCUAACUUCCACAGCCUCUACUCAAAUUUCAUGGACACUUUGAAAAAUCCAGAGUUCAAUAAAAUGGUGCUCAUCGAAACCUAUAGAAACAUCAAGGUACUGCUGACCUCUGACAAAGCUGCUGCUAACUUUUCAGACCGGUCCCUACUGAAGAACCUGGGCCACUGGUUGGGCAUGAUUACAUUAGCCAAAAAUAAGCCCAUUUUACACAUUGAUCUGGAUGUCAAAUCAUUGCUUCUGGAAGCGUAUGUGAAGGGUCAGCAAGAAAUGCUCUACGUAGUCCCUUUUGUUGCCAAAGUUUUAGAAUCCAGCGUGCGGAGUAUGGUGUUCAGGCCCCCCAAUCCAUGGACAAUGGCCAUCAUGAAUGUAUUAGCAGAGCUGCAUCAGGAGCAUGAUCUAAAGUUAAAUCUCAAGUUUGAGAUUGAGGUGCUGUGUAAAAACCUGGCUCUGGACAUCAAUGACCUGAAGCCUGGCAACUUACUGAAGGACAAAGAGAAACUGAAAAAUCUGGAAGAGCAGCUUUCUGCUCCGAAGAGAGAGUGCAAACUGCCCGAGGACCUUCCUGUGGUGGUCACAACAGCUGCUCCGGUGCCUGCCGCCACCACCACAACGUGCACAGUAACUGGCCCACCACAGCCUCAGUUCAGCUACCACGACAUUAAUGUCUACUCACUCGCAGCCUUGGCUCCUCACAUCACCGUGAAUCCAAAUAUCCCGUUGUUCCAGGCACACCCUCAGCUGAAGUCGUAUGUCCGACAGGCGAUCGAGCGCGCUGUGCAGGAGCUUGUCCAUCCUGUCGUGGACCGUUCCAUCAAGAUCGCCAUGACGACCUGUGAACAGAUUGUCAGGAAAGACUUUGCCUUGGAUUCGGAGGAGUCCCGCAUGCGGGUGGCAGCACAUCACAUGAUGCGGAACCUGACUGCGGGCAUGGCGAUGAUCACCUGCAGGGAACCCUUGCUAAUGAGCAUUGCUACCAACCUCAAGAAUAAUUUUGCCAGUGCCAUCCGGGCUGCGUCCCCACAGCAGAGGGAGAUGAUGGAACAAGCGGCUGCACAGAUCGCACAAGACAACUGUGAGCUGGCGUGCUGCUUCAUUCAGAAAACCGCAGUGGAAAAGGCAGGACCCGAAAUGGAUAAAAGGCUUGCGACUGAGUUUGAACUGCGUAAGCACGCGAGGCAGGAGGGUCGGCGUUACUGUGACCCUGUGGUGCUCACUUACCAGGCUGAACGAAUGCCCGAGCAAAUCCGACUAAAGGUAGGCGGUGUCGAUCCCAAACAAUUAGCCGUGUACGAAGAGUUUGCACGUAACAUCCCAGGAUUCCUACCCAGCAAUGACAUCUCACAGCCCACAGGCUUCCUGGCAAAGCCUAUGCAGCAGGCCUGGGCGACUGAUGACAUAGCACAGAUCUACGAUAAGUGUAUCACAGAACUGGAGCAGCAUCUUCAUGCUAUUCCUCCCGGCCUGGCCAUGAACCCCCAGGCCCAGGCGCUGCGUAACCUACUGGAGGGCAUGGUGAUGGCCAGGAACUCCCGGGAUGCCAUUGCUGCCCUCGGUCUCUUGCAGAAGGCUGUGGAGGGGCUGUUGGAUGCCACAAGUGGUGCAGACCCAGAUCUCUUGCUCCGUUAUCGGGAGUGCCACUUACUGGUGCUGAAAGCCCUGCAGGAUGGUCGUGCCUAUGGAUCCCAGUGGUGCAACAAUAAAAUCACAAGGUGUCUCAUUGAGUGCCGUGACGAGUACAAGUACAAUGUGGAGGCUGUGGAGCUGCUGAUCAGACACCACCUGGUGAACAUGCAGCAGUACGACAUCCACCUGGCUCAGUCGAUGGAGAAUGGUCUGAACUACAUGGCGGUGGCCUUUGCCAUGCAGCUGGUGAAGAUCCUGCUGGUGGAUGAGAGAAGCAUCAGUCACGUCACCGAGGCCGAUCUGUUCAACACCAUUGAAACACUCAUGAGGAUCAGUGCUCAUUCCAGGGGAAAUGCCCCUGAAGGAUCCACAAAAGCAUUACGGAUAGUCCUUAGAAGGUUGCCACAGCUGAUGGACUUGCUCCGCGCUAACUAUGAGGCUAUGAUGGACAGGGCCCACGGGGGCCCCAACUUCAUGAUGCACUCAGGGAUCUCCCAGGCCUCGGAGUACGACGACCCGCCCGGCCUCCGGGAGAAGGCUGAGUACUUGCUGAGGGAAUGGGUCAAUCUGUACCACUCCGCCGCGGCGGGCCGGGACAGCACCAAAGCCUUUUCUGCUUUUGUUGGACAGAUGCACCAGCAAGGCAUUCUGAAGACUGACGAUCUGAUCACUCGCUUCUUCCGCCUGUGCACGGAGAUGUGUGUGGAGAUUAGUUAUCGUGCACAACAGGAGCAGCAGCACAACCCCACCGCCAACCCCACCAUGAUCCGAGCCAAGUGCUACCACAACCUGGACGCAUUUGUCAGGCUCAUCGCCCUGCUGGUCAAGCACUCCGGAGAGGCCACCAACACUGUCACCAAAAUCAACCUCCUCAACAAGGUGUUGGGGAUUGUUGUGGGAGUCCUGCUGCAGGAUCAUGAGGUGCGUCAGAGUGAGUUUCAGCAACUGCCGUAUCACCGCAUCUUCAUCAUGCUGCUGCUCGAGCUGAACGCUCCAGAGCACGUUCUGGAGACCAUCAACUUCCAGACACUGACUGCUUUCUGCAACACAUUCCACAUUUUGCGGCCUACUAAAGCUCCUGGCUUCGUCUAUGCCUGGCUGGAACUGAUCUCCCACAGGAUCUUCAUUGCAAGAAUGCUGGCGCAUACACCUCAACAGAAGGGCUGGCCCAUGUAUGCCCAGUUGCUAAUUGAUCUGUUCAAGUUCUUGGCUCCUUACUUAAGGAAUGUGGAGUUGACAAAACCUAUGCAAAUUCUUUACAAGGGCACACUUCGUGUCUUACUGGUUCUUUUGCAUGACUUUCCGGAGUUCCUGUGUGACUACCAUUAUGGCUUCUGUGAUGUGAUCCCACCCAACUGUAUCCAGCUGCGGAACCUGAUCCUGAGUGCCUUCCCACGCAACAUGCGGCUGCCAGAUCCCUUCACUCCCAACCUGAAGGUGGAUAUGCUGAGCGAAAUCAACAUUGCUCCUCGGAUACUGACCAACUUCACCGGAGUGAUGCCACCUCAGUUUAAGAAGGACCUGGACUCCUAUUUGAAGACCCGUUCUCCAGUCACCUUCCUGUCUGAGCUGCGCAGCAACCUGCAGGUCUCAAACGAACCUGGCAAUCGGUACAACAUUCAGCUAAUCAACGCACUGGUGCUGUAUGUGGGCACGCAGGCGAUCGCUCACAUCCACAACAAGGGCAGCACCCCCUCCAUGAGCACCAUCACCCACUCAGCCCACAUGGACAUCUUCCAGAACCUGGCUGUGGACCUCGAUACAGAAGGUAAAGAACUGAAAAACGGCAAAAGCUACAAUGGUCGGUACUUGUUCCUGAACGCCAUCGCCAACCAGCUGCGUUACCCCAACAGCCACACUCACUACUUCAGCUGCACCAUGCUCUACCUGUUUGCUGAGGCCAACACUGAGGCCAUUCAGGAGCAGAUCACCAGGGUGCUGCUGGAGCGGCUGAUUGUGAACAGGCCGCACCCGUGGGGGCUCCUCAUCACUUUCAUCGAGCUGAUUAAAAAUCCAGCGUUCAAGUUCUGGAACCAUGAGUUCGUCCACUGUGCUCCUGAGAUUGAGAAAUUGUUCCAGUCUGUAGCUCAGUGCUGUAUGGGACAGAAGCAGGCACAGCAAGUAAUGGAAGGCACUGGUGCCAGCUAAAACUAUGAAGAAAUGUUCCAUACUGUGGACAUGCAACAUGGAGAGUGAUGAGCAGCCCACUGUUUUCUUGAAACUGACGUUGGUUGUGUAAAUUGCAGGUUCUUCCAAUCCGAUGCAGUCCUCUGCACAAGUCAGACAUAGGAAAAGCCGCUGGUGAAGGGCUACAUGUUGGACAUGUUGUUUUCAUUUGUCACUUGGCCAAAAAAAAGCAAAUGCUGUGAAUAUCAUUUGAAAUGAUAUAAAAACACAAUGUAAAUAAAAGGGAGUGCAACCUCAAACUGGACUUUCUCCAUCUGUGCAAAUUGUAUUAAAGACUUCAACCCAGUCAUUACUGUUGGCAGCUGAUGAGACUUAGAUUGAAGGGCGUCUGGGACGGAUUUUCCCCAUUCCCCCCUCCCCCACCACGUCCCCUCCACUCUCCGAAGAUCUUACAGGAGCUGCUCUUCAUCUUGUGGGGAAGCAAUAUCAACUCCUCUAGUCCUACACACAAACUACAGCCCAGUGGUAUGGAUAUGCAGUAUGGUUUGCAAAAAAGUCAUCUGUUUGCCUUUAUAUUUUUAUUUUGAAGCAUUUUGUCUGAAGACGCCGAGCAGCUCCUCUUAAACGAAAGGGGGUCCCGGGCUCUGCGGGGUCCUUAAUGCGAAGGGAAAUAAGAGGUUCUCCCUGAAUUCUGUAAAUUGUGGGAUAAAGAGCCAGUUUUGCGGCACGAAGUCUAUUAAGUUUGUAAAAAAGAACCAAGGACCAAUACAGGCCAUUUUGUAAGGAUUUUGAAUGUUGUUUUGUAAAUGUAUUGGUCCAUGUGUUGUAUUUUGUAGUCUUUGUAGUUUCCUUGGCUCUAGUUCUGCCACUUAACUCUCUUGUAUGUAAGCAUAUUGUAGUUAAUGCAUUAAAACCCAUGACAUCA